AUGGCUAUCAUAGAUCUUGACCAGGGCCGUCGGCCAUCUCACAAUGGAUUCACAGACAAUUCGGAACUCGCCACGCAAGAUGCUAAAGAUAUACUCAUUGUCAAUGAAGUAGAGCGCUGGAACCCCUUUGGAGAUGGCGGUAUCAGUGUCAUCCAUGUAUCCGUCGGGGUUUCUUCGCCUGAGAGCCUUUCUAGACUUGAAAGUACCCUAAAGACUUUAUCCCCUCCGACUGGCAACUCGGAGCCGUCACCAAAGGGUGUGUUGCCUUUGGGUGUUCCGGAUGAGCAAGAAGUUGUCCAACUUCGCGCCCAGCUUCUAGUUGAGAUAUCCAAACAGGUCGUCCAGGUUCCCCGCCACGAAGUCGGGCUCUUGCUCUUCAUUCCUUCUAAACCUGGGCAUUUGGUCAGGUCUGAUAUCCUGGAGAUCCGAUUAACUGACCUUGCCGAUGCGGCGCUCAAGUCAGCUGCGAGUGCCCUCUUCAUCUCAAGCAAUGCAGUCCUGGACCCAGCCGCGUUGGGCCGCGAGUUUGAGAACCGUUUGUCGUUUCCAAUCAUCCAGCCGGGCCAAAGACCGCGAAAGACUCUUGCGCUGGUCGGCAGCGUCCGGAAGCCACUUGUUGGGCUGGGGUUUUUUAGAGCUGCGCGUGCGCUUAAUAUAGGCAUCGUGCAGCUUGAUCGCCCGAACCACUGGACUAGUACACCCGAAUAUGCAUCUUGGGUCGAAGCUCAACUGCCCAUUGAUCGUACCCCUGAUGAUGGACUAGCAAGCCGUAUCGUAGAUGCUAUCAAGGGCUACAACAAGCCGGUGGAAGGUCUUGUAAGCUUCUUCGAACCGCUACAGGUAGGCACAGCGAGGGCAGCUAAAGAAUUGGGUCUUCCGGCCCCGCCUGCCAGUGCCUUCGAGAUCGCCACAGACAAGCAGCGGACCAGCGCCUUUCAAGGCAAUGCUGCGUACCGUGUGUCCAGUCUAAAGGAGGCGCUGGAGACAGUUGAGCAGCAUCCUCAAUUGUCAUACCCUCUGAUUGUUAAGCCCUGCAGCGGCCGGGGGUCCGAGGGUGUGUUCCGACUCGACAAUGAAGCAGACUUGGUGCAGGCUUUUGAUUCAAUUGACUUCAGUCGACACGGUGCCGAAGUUGUCAUUGAACCGUUUUGCGACGGGCCCGAGGUCGAUGCAAACUUGGUGCUGAGCGACGGGGAGCUGCUCUUCUUCGAAACCUCGGAUGACCUUCCAAAGGACGCUGAUGCCGCAUCGAAGCAGGAUGGAGACCUGCAGACUUUCAUCGAGCUCGCCAAUGUUAUGCCCUCGGCUUUACCUCAUGAUGAAGUCGAGAUACUCAAGAACUCGCUGCAUCAGAGUCUGGUUCGACUGGGCUUCCGCACGGGCUUUUACCAUCUCCAAGCGCGCGUCCAGCGGUCACGAGCCAAGUACGUCACCAACUUGGAUGGUAUUACAGACCUUGCCAGUAAUGACUUGAUUGAGGCGACAGUCGAACCUAGUGCUUGGCUGCUGGAGAUUAACGCACGACCUCCUGGACUGCAAGAGUCGUGGGCUUCUAGAUCCACUUACGGAAUCGACUUUUGGGGGUCUAGCGCUGCUCUCCGGCCUGGAAGACCAGAAAGACACGGCACGUCUCCUUUCGCUUCCGUUUAA